AUGGAUGAAACAAUUGUCCCUUUAACAAUACACUCAUUUUCUCAACUUGAAUUUGAUCAUCCGGAUCAUCCUAAUCUAAAUGAUUGUUGUCACAACCAAGUCAUCGAUAGUCUUUUAGAAUUUAUACAAGAAGAUAUCGAUCCACUGCCCGGACAGGAAAAUCUAGGUUAUUAUAAAAUUGUUUUUUCCAAUUUUAAUAUUAUUACACCUGUCUCUUAUACACAUCUAGAUGUGUAUAAGAGACAGAUAUCGAUCCACUACGACAAGAAAGUAGCCAAGAUGAUGUUUCCGAAAAUUAUUAUGGUAAUGAUUUUUACUAUCGAGGAAUUGUUUGUAUCGUUCUUUUAUUGCCGCAUUCAAUCCAAAAAGUUAAAGGGAUCAUCUAGUAGUUGGAGCAGUUACGUCUAUGAUUCGAGUAGUAGUGAUAGUCCAAAUCAAAUGUGUGAGAGCCCGAUACAAAUAUCUUUUUCGAGUCCUGGAAGAACAAAACGAUGCGAAUGGAAAGAGGAAAUGGAUACAUGUUUAUUAUUAUAUUUAGAACUAAACAAAGAUACAAUUAAAAAACUACAUAAUCCUCAUAGUGGCGUCAAAUCAGAACUCUGGAAUGGUGCAUCUAAGUGGAUGCUCGCCGGUGGCCAUGAUCUUUCACCGGAACAGUGUUCCAUUAAAUGGAAAAAUAUUAAGCAAAAUUACACGGGACAUAUUUAUAUCAAAUUUUUUCUUCUUGAAAGAACAAAGAACAACGUAUUCAAUUGUAUUAUUGCCAAAAAUAAUAGACCCUACGGAACAUGUACUUCGGAAAUGGCAAUAAAAUAA